CGUACGGUCGUCGCGCGCGCCACCGGACAACGCCAUUUUGUCUCAUGUCAUUACCACCACUGCACUUGCAACUGCCGCUUGAGCUACACGAAUACAUAGUCGACUAUCUCCACGAUGACCGUGUCGCUCUCAGAGCUUGCAGUCUUACAUCCCAAAGCUGGCUUCCCGUCACCAGACUGCACCUCUUCGGGUGUAUCUGCCUCAGGCGGGUACCGGACUGCCUCCGCUUCCUCAAUGCCCUGGAGACCUCCGCGUUCACUCACACCAGAAUCGCUGACUACGUACGGGACCUCCGACUGCCCGGCAUGGCGUUCGUGAGCGGGAACCGAGGCGAACGGAAAGGGCAGCGUUUGGAGCUGGUGCGCCAUAUACUGCGCGGCCUGCGCAACCUCACUUGCCUGCGGGUGUACGCCUUCGAAUGGAUGGGUUUCAUCGACCUGCUGCGCGCGGAGACAGGCGUUGGGAGCUUGCGCGAGGCAUUGGCUGCGUUCUUUCCAUUCCCGGACCUCAGGGAGCUCCUCAUCGACAACCUUGUCUUACGUUCGUCGCAAGAACUCACGCUACUCAUAUCCCUCUUUCCGCGACUCUCCCGGCUGGACUUGCAGAUGAUCAUACAGCCUAUGGUACCCGAGGACUCUAGGACGGAGCCCAGCGAUGAAAUCGAGGACCUGCGGCAUUGCGUCGGUGCACUCGGCACAGGCAUUCGGACGUUGGUAGCGGACUUCAAUACUAGCUCGCCAGCAAUUCUCGGCCAAAUCGUGGGCUCCUUGCUGUUGCCUCCGUUCGAAGUCAGCUUCAGUCGAAUCACAUGGGACAGCUGUAUAAUCGAGCGACGACAAAUCGACGAUACGUCCCUUCUGAAGGAGGUCUUGGGGAGGUCGGAGACGGCUUUGGAAUCCCUGAAGGUGCAAUGCCCAGAAGACACAUGGCUGGUGGACCUCGAUCUCUCACGUUAUCACCGACUCACGACCUUGACCUUUGUCUUCCGCUGGGAGGUCGAUGAACCAUUUUUCGCCGCGUUGCCCACCUUCGUUUCUGGGCUUCCUUCCGGCCAGCUGCGCGACAUUCACCUGCAUUUCGAAAUCGAUGACACUUCUGAUGAUUGGAAUUACGUUGAUUGGCCUCGUCUCGACCAGGCCCUUGCGUCUGUUCACAAGGGGUGUCCCUUGUUGACUAUCACCUUCCACUUCUACAGCAUCGUCAUGCCUGCGGGCAGAGGGAAACCUGAUUUCAUUCAGCCUCUGAAGACGCGACUGGUGCGAACACUGACGGCGGGGAUGCGCGUCGGGGUGGUAUCCUCCACAAUGGUGAUCCGUCCGCUAGACGACGACAGCAUCGGGCCGCUCGAGCCGCUCUCGAUGGGAUUCACGAUUGAACCUGAGGAGCAUCACUGGCUGUAACCAAGAUAGCCGAGAGGUCUGCUGAGUUUCGUAUAGGCACUUGUGAGUAUCUGUGACCUCGGUAAACUAUGCUCACGGACUGGUAUUCUCUAUAGCUUGCUCGUGCAGACUUACAGAGUCUGUCAUAACAACGUGGAUGACCCUGUGUGGCGCAUAUCGUUUCGAAAUUUGGUCCGAACGUAACGGAUAGUUAUAGACCCGCAGAUGUCGGUCUGAUUCUUGCACUACUCGUAUACGUAGUACACCGUAUCUCUUGUCAGUACUAGUACGUUCCCCAUAAUAUACUUACAGACGUCGGACACAACUUCAGAAGCGUACUACAUAAGUAUGAUGCAUGGAGUCGAACCUUACAGUUUCUCGGUAGAACCCAAGGUCGUCUGAGUCGUUGCAAACAAGCAAGUAUUGCACUCAAUUGCACUGCAUCAACGCGUUCUCGGGAUUCGGAGACGCGUGUGGUGGG